AAAGUGGAAUGUGUGUUUUUAAAGUGGGAGUGGGAAAUAAAGGUGGGAAGUGGAAAAUCGGAAUGGAAAGUGGACGGUGGGAUGUGAAAUGUGGGAAGUGAGAGUGGAAGUGAGAGUGUAAAGUGGGAGUGAAAGGUUGGAAGUGAAUGUAGACAGUGGAAAGUGGAAGGUGGUGAGUGAAUAUGGGAAGUGGUAGUAGAAUGUGGGAGUGGGAAGUGGAAAAGUUAUAGAAUCGAUCUCCUGGGCCUUAAGAUGACUAAUAUCAACAACACACCUUUAUAAAUUCAAUACUGUUAGGUAUCAAUGUAGUAGGAAAGGGAGUGUUAAGGAAAGAGAAUGAGAGUAGAGGGAGAAUGAAGGGGUCUAAUUCCCAAAUCAGUGUGUCGCCUCUUAAUGUAAUCACUUUUAAUAAUUAUUUCAACAAACUCAUUUAUAUUUUGUUGUUCACCUCAAAAUCGGUGUCUAACUUUAUUUGUAGUCCUCCUAAAUUCAUUACACUUUAAAAUUUUUGUAAUUUUCUUCUACACCAUCCAUGAUUAAAAAUAAAUGCAUGAAUUUGAUUUUAAAUUUUACGCGAAAAGGAAAAAUUGACGAGUCAUCGUAAGUACCGCAAUGAGAUAAGAAGAUGCAUCUCCUAAAAGCGAACCAUCUUCUUCGGGGUAAGUCUUUAUGAAAAGAAAAUCAUAAAUUUGCUGAUAAUAAUCAAUAAGUGUCGGUCGAUGAUUUAUUCUCCACUGUUGCUAAUUAUAGUUACCUGAAUCUCCACUGGGAGCGUCUUCCUUCCCCAGAGAAAUAUUAUUCGUCAAGAUGGACGCACCCGUUGUUUUGACAGGUGAUCAAUAAUUUCAAUCACGAUUCGUCUUCUUGACACUGUUGAAUAAUCAGGAGAAUCCAUGUGUCUAGAAGCAUUUCGCUUGGUGAUUUGAGAAUUCGUUUGAUGACGAAGGUCUUGUAUUAUUACGGACAGUUAUUUAAUUAUAUCCAAGGCUGAAGAAUAUAUUGUUAACAAGAACCAAAACAGCAUUGCGGGCUUUAAAUAAAUUAACAUCCUUAUUUUAGUCACGGUAUAAACUAAAAAUGCUCAGUCAGAUAUAACAUAAAAAUCGAUUUUUUCCUUCAGUGGGUACUAACUUCUCGUUUUUAAGAAUCCCAUUGUUUUCCAAUGUAUCAUGAUGGCAAUACUUCAAUAUUCCCAGCGUGAUAGCAUGAAAUAUUGACAAUCACCUUCUGUAAAUCUGAUGUGAAGUUAAGUGUGAGUAUUUGUGGUUUGAAAAACACAAAAACAGUGUAACAGUAAUAAUAAAAAUACAUGGCGAUGUAUUGCGAUGAAGCACAGUGAUUAAAGCAGUACGACGUACACGGGAAAUGGACGGAACCCUCUAGUGGAGCGUUAUACGUUUAGCUGUGCGUUCAGGACAAAGGUGAAAAUUUUGCAUCUGUUGGAAAUGCCAGGCUAUGGAAUUAGUGCACAGUAUGUGGCGCAAUUUGAUGUUGGUUUGACAUCGACCUGACGUUACAUGUUGCUGUUCUGAUAAAACGAUAGGCUCCAAUAGAAGGCCGUUACACAGGAUCUAUGAAUCAGCCACAUGAGAGAAGUUACAUUAUCUGAACUCAGGGACUCCGUGGUGAGGUUACAGGACAGAGUUAAGUUAGUGUGCAGAACGAGAGGAUCACCUCCUCCAAAAGUGCAUUGGCUUAAAGACGGAAUACUUCUUCAUCCACGAAGAGGACUCCGAAUUCAACACAAACGACGGAGGUCGAAAAUAGUAAUAGUGUCAGCAAAACUGGAAGAUAGUGGAAGGUACGAAUGCGUGGCUGAAAGCACUUCCGGUCACCAAGCUUCUCUUUCAGCCCAACUUCUAGUCACUCAAGAUAUUACAAAUCGAGAAACCACGACUAUUUCGUGGCCAAGGCAAGAACAACCCUGUCCAAUUACAGGAGAUUUUUGCAUGAACGGUGGUACCUGCUUAUUUUUCGAGACCGUCGGUGAACCAGCCUGCAGGUGUGCGGAAGGCUUCACAGGUCUACGGUGUGAGACGAAAGAUGUCAUCAGUACUGGAAAUGUGGACAAAUUCUCUUCGUUCACUGAAGAUUUGACGUUCGCCCGUUUCUAGCGCAUCUAGCGGCACUGCCAAGCUUGCACAUCGGGACAUUCAUCGUGUUUUGUUUUAUUGUAGCCUUACCUCCAGUCCUAUUUCCCGUUUUUCACUUCCGCUCCUCCUAAAGAAUUUUCUUCCUCUAAGUUACCUUCUGUACCUUUUACCAGCAUGUUACAUAAUCCUCCGCCCCUUACUAAUCCGAAACCUAUUUUACGUCUCCACGUUCUCCUCGUUCUUUCUCGCAGUCUUAUUCACAUCAUCAAUCUCCUUUCGAGCAGUAUCUUCCGUGUCACAUUCCACCAUCUCCUUUCAACAUUCAUUUCAUCCACUUCCAAAUUUAAUUCCCCACAAAAAUCAUACUCCUUUAUCCUCUUUGAAUUUUAUUUUCAUCCAAUUUUAAUUUUUUUCAAGAAACCCACGACGCGCACUUCUCAGAACUGCAAUUUUAUAAUGAAGCCAAAAAAUGUAAGCUGAGCCAUCAACUUCGAACAUCCUACUGUUAAGAGCAUCACCACUAUAAGCUGAAGCCUCAAUAAUUCUAAUAACCCAACAUAUCUUCAAGGACGAACUUUUCUAGACUGCAUCCCAUGAAAUCAAACAAUGUUAAACCUUGAAGUUUGCAUCCGGAGGACGAAAAAAUAUUUUUAAAAAUGAAAGAUAUUUGAAUGAAGAAGAUGCAAUGGGUCCAGUGUCCGGUAACAGAAGAGGCUCUGCUUAUUCAGAAGAAAAACAGGAGGAAAUCACUAUUGUACAAUUACGUCCAUAAACAACGAAGAAGUCGAAAUUCAUACAUCUGAUUGCACUCGUGCUAGCGUAAAGCUUUUUUGUAAUAAUCUGACGGUGCUACAAUUUCAUUUUACAGGACGUAAAAAAAAUUGCAAUUAUUGAUCCCUUCUCAAACGAUGGGAGAUUUGAAGGCCUUUCAGUUUUAUUAGCCAAGUAAUUAAACCUCAGUAAGCAAUAAAAUAUUUUUUAAUGAGGCAUGCAAUAUGCAUAUAGCAAAAUAAAUAAAAACUGCGUUCAAAUUCUUCAUUAGUGCCUCUAUUAUAUAAUUUUACUUUGAAAAUAAAUCUUAAUCUUACUAAUCAAUCAUAACAUUACUCCCAAAAAUUAUCGAAUUGUAAUAUCAAACCUUCUGUAAAUUUAAUUACUAUUUAAUCAGAAGUGUUAUAGGAUAAUUGAUCAGAACGCUAGUUUAUAAAUCCGUCCGACCAAUAGAAACAAUUAGCGUGACAAUGUGGUCUUCUUAUAUUUUAACUUUUUCAGUCCUAGUAGUCGACAUAUCGAUCAGCUUUUAAGCCAUAAUUAUUUUCAGCAUAACUUAUAGUAUAACUCAAAGUAAUUACAUUAUAUUUCUCAUCUUUUUGUUUGCUACUUACGAAUCUGAAUUCAAAUAACAAAAUUCUAAACAGUGGAUAUUAAGUAUUAAAAAUCAAUUAUAUUUUACCUUUUGCAUUUACGAAAAAAAGUUAAAAUUUCUACUUGGCAUGAAUAACACACUGAAAACAUUACAAUUAUAAUUAAUAUUCAUUAUACAUUUCUCUUCUAUGUUAUACUAUUUGCCAUAAAUAUUUUUAUUAGACCAUUAUGAAAUAUAGAAUUUAAAAUGCAACCGGCGAGAAUAAAUUACAUAAAAUUAUUUGACGACGCAAAUACAAAAUCUUGUUUUAAAUAGCGAUACGUCACUCACGUUUAUAAAAAGAAUAAAGCGGUUAAUUAAUUUCAAAAGAAUAGCGCAUGGUUCGAAAAAUUAAAUUAAACUUUUAUAUAAAAAUCAUAUUCUAGACAUUUAUCCAAAAGAACAUAAUUUUAAUAGAAUUAUCAUCAAAGAAAUUAAAAAAAAGAAUUAAUUUAUUUUACUGAGAUUUAAUUACUUGUGCUCAAAAUCUAAUCUGAUAAUGCAACCAUAUAAGACAAGUGUGAAAUCAAACUAUAAAUAUCAAAGUAAAUAUAUGAAAUUGUAAAAUGCGCAGAUAGUCGUUUACAUCAGGGUUUUUAGACUGCCAACGUGUACAAAGUUCCCAAGUCUUUUUUAUCCAAAGCUUUAUUGAUGAUGUGAGAAAUGAGAAAACUAAAUUUUAUCUUAAUUUCGAGAAUCAAUUAUAGGGAUUUACUUUCUAAAAAAAACAAAAAAAAAUGUAGUUAAACAAUACUCAAAUAGUGAUGACAUAUUGAAACAAUAAAAUGGACAUUCUUUUGAUUGUAAAAUGUAAUAAAAUUGGUUGGGAGAAUUACUACUUUUAUAAACCCAUUUGUGCGUGACGUGUCAUAGAGGACAGGGAUAAAGGCAUCAUUUAGCACGUACCAUCUAUGCACGUCCAUCUAUACACUCAAGGGAGGAAUAUCUGCAAUUCCUGAUUUGUAACUGUUCGAUAAAUAUUUAUGAAAAUAAAAAUUAUUAUUUCAAACUGUGCAAAAAACUGUUCUAAAUGUUGGAAUUUAAAGACAAAAUAUAAGAAUGAAAACGAGGGCAAGGCUGAAUGUCGACUUUAAAAUAAUUAUUGAUUUCAAUUAAUUUGUUAUGCCUCAGAAGGAAACUUAAACAUAUCCCGAAUUAUUUUUAAAUUUUCCGGCAACGGUGAUUCAUAGGGACUGUCCAUCAACCACGUGGACAAUUUUUCACCAAUUUUUGACCCCCCCCCCCCCCCGCCCCCCGUUGUGGACAGUCGUGGACAUUUGUCAAACCCCCUCAACCCCUAUACAAUUGUCCACGUGGAUAUUGCAAAUUAAAAAAAUAAGUUUUUUUUUACUCCUGUAUGUUAAAAAAUAAAAAACAUUAUUUUUGAACAUUUCAAAGCAAGAAUAUCAGUAAAGUCAGGGAAAUGUCAGGA